AUGUAUCCGGCAACUCCAUCGCCACCGUCCUCAAUGUUGCUGCCUCGGAGCAGUAGUCUUUCGUCCUCUCCGAUGGCCGUGGUUCCGUUCGCUCCGGCCAAGUGUGACCUCGAACUUAGUGUGAGCUUUUCCCAACCGGAUUUGGACAGUGAAGUCAGUGUCAGUGCCUUGGGAUUCCUGCCGGCGGAUUCAGUGUCCAAGGCGUACCCGGUGGAGGAAAUUUGCCAAAAAACGGCCAUCCCAAGUGGCCGCCGGAUUACGAUCCGCAAGUCCAGCUCGACGGGACUGCUAACCCCGAACGAGGCGGACAGUGUAAUGAAGAGCUGCAACUGGAUACGGUCCAUCAAGCUGGCAAGUGAUGUGAGGAGUUACAACGCGGUGUUGGAGUUGACCCAGAGCCAGUUGAUACGGCUGAGGUUGAUUCGGGAUGUGACCGCGGAGGAGGAGUUGCAGCUGUGGUUCUCGGAGGAUGUGGCCGCACUAAUGCAGAUUCCGUUCCUGACGCCGGCCAAUAUUCAACUUUUGACAGUUGAAAAACUAUUUAAAGCAUUUUGGGAUGUAUUUUUUAGAAUAAAAUAUUGGAUUUUUAACGUUCCAAAAACAAGCCAAAACUGCUACGUUUGCCACGUGUGUCGGAAAUGCUACGAGUACCCAAACCCGCUCAAAAUCCACAUGGCCACCAGCUGCGGCCAGCAGUCCAUGUCCUCUCUGUGGCAACGUCUGCUCCACAGCACAACCCGGUAUGGCUUCACCGACAACCCCGGCUGUGGAGACUUUACACCGUGGCGAAGUUCCGCCUUCCGACCCGUCCUCACAGCCACCUCGCACGCCGUCAAGGUGGAACGAUCUCCGCCACCGGUCCCGCCACUAAACAAGUCUCCCCCGCAUCAUCACAGUGUACACCACCAUCAUCACCAUCACCCGCUGGUGGACGAAUCGACCAUGGUGACGGCGGCCCACCUGGAGACCAUCGUCAGCAACAUGGGAUCGUCGAAGCAGGGCCACAUCUGCAUCUACUGCGGGAAGCUGUAUUCGCGAAAGUACGGGCUGAAAAUUCACAUUCGCACUCACACCGGAUUUAAACCGCUCAAGUGCCAGUACUGUUUGCGACCGUUUGGCGAUCCGAGUAAUCUGAACAAACACAUCCGGCUACACCGGCAGCACGACAGUUCGCUGUACGAGUGUAAUCUGUGCGGGAAGAAGUUGGCACGGCGGAGGGACUUGCAGCGGCACCUACAGUCACGACACAACAGCUCGCAGGUCAUCGAUAGUUCGACCUCGGAGGAGGAAGAUAUUUUACCAUGAUGCCAAAGGAGUUAUUUAUACAGGAUUUUACUAAUAUUUUUUAAGAUGUAUUUACCAACAAACUCAAAGAAACCAAAUAAAGCUGUGAUAUUACCUCUGAA